AUUACACGAAACAGGUAAUUCAAUCUUUUGCAUUUCCUGCUACCAAAAAAUACCCCGAACCACAUUUGGUGCUCCAAUAGUCCAAUCGCAUAACCCACAGACCCUUAAUUGCUAGCUUGGUGGCUGCUGCUGCUGUGACUCAGACUGAGUGUGUGGCUCGUCUUCCUCAAACGUUGAGACAUCAAGAACAAAGCUAAUUUUAUACCAGUAACAAGAAAAGAUGGUGAUGAGAAUUCGAUUAUCUAGAUUUGGGUGUAAAAAUAAACCCUUUUAUAGGGUUAUGGCGGCUGAUAGCAGGUCUCCUAGAGAUGGCAAACACAUCGAAGUUCUUGGUUACUAUAACCCUCUUCCAGGUCAAGAUGGGCAAAAGCGAAUGGGGCUUAAUUUUGAUAGAGUGAAGUAUUGGCUUUCAGUUGGAGCCCAGCCAUCAGAUCCAGUUCAGCGAGUUCUGUUUAGAGCCGGGUUGCUCCCUCCUCCUCCAAUGAUGGCCAUGGGACGCAAAGGUGGGCCACGUGAUACCCAUUUUGUUGAUCCCAUGACUGGACGUGUUUUGACUCCAGGAAAGCUUAGCAGCUCAGAGGAUUCUGAGAAUCCCAACAUCGAUGAUGCGGAAAUAGUAGAUACCCCAACCACUUCAUGAUGUAUUUUCUCAUAGGUUUUUAGAUUUUAAAGCAGACAACCCUUUCUGCAGUUUGUAGUACAAGUUUAUGCUUGAUUACAAUAUACGAAGUGCUUGGAUUACAUUGUGUGCGUGGAGGAUUCCUGUCAAUGCCUCCUCUUUUUGGUUGUAAACUUGUCAAAAGAAGGUUUAUCAUUGAUGUUGAAUAAGUAUUUCUAUUGCUUGGCAAAUCCUGUCUGUAAUAAUCAAUAAUGUUAAAGGUCUCAUUGCACUCUGAAGAGUCUCUUCAGAUACAUCUGUUAGAAUUGGACGAUUUAGGAACCGUGAAUGUUUUGUUCCUAAUUUAAUA